AUGAAGGCCGUCACACUGGUAGGCUUUGUUGCCUAUGCAGCUUCGGCUGUAUCAUCACCCAUCAUCAGCGGACGGCAAUCAACCACAGAUCAACUCUUCGAAGCUCUUGGUCCUCUUGGAGAAUUUGUCAAUGGCGUUAACAACUGCACUCCUGUGGACGUCGGCGUCGGCGCUGUGGAGCCGAACGGAUCGAUCGCAACCAUUAACCUGGAUAUCGAUCAGAACGAUGUUCGUGUGAACGGGAUUCUCAAAUGCAUCUCCAACGCUGUGCCUGUACCUGUCUCAUCUCGCCCAACAACAAAGCGAUCACCCGGCCUCGAUAUUGAUCUCGGCGUUGCCUUGUAG